UCUCGUUCCCGCCCCCCUCAUUUUCUCCAAUCUCUCUCCUAUUCGCCUGUGCUGCUGCUGCUGCUUGUUUCUACCCCUUAUUCUACCGACUACAAUAUUACAGUUGCUAAGGUGCCUGCAAUAGCAAUGACAGCCAUGGAUAUUGAAACGGAUACACUUCAACGCAAACAAUCACUUUAUAAGUCAAUGGAUGAAAUUUUUGAGAUUCAAAAGGAGAUGUACAAAGGUCAACAAUAUAGUCAAAUAUACUAUAUCAGGUUACACUUGAUCAGAACUCUCAUUUACUCUCUACUUCCCAACUGGAAACCUCACUUGCCAGUUUGUACGGUUUUGGGCAUUGAGGAAGGCAAGGAGUGCAUUAUUGUUGGAACACUUUAUAAGCAUAUGAAGCUCAAGCCUACUGUUCUCAGUGAGUAUUCAAAAGAGAGGUCUGCUACCCCACUUGUGACCCCUGAUAAUUUUGUCCACCCAGAUGAUAAUUUGAUUCUUGAAGAUGAAAGUGGAAGAGUAAAUCUCAAAGGCGAUGUCCUAUCACCUUCUGUAUAUGUGACAGGGAAUGUCGUUGCUUUACAUGGUAAAGAAAUUAGUGGAGGUGAUUUUUUAGUUGAAGAUAUUCUUGAAGCCGGCUUACCACCACAAUUGGAUGUACCAAAUAAAUUAGGAGAAGACAAAUAUGUUGUUUUAGUAUCUGGGCUGAAUGUUGGUAGCAGCUCUUCUAACCCACUUCAACUGCAACUUUUUGUUGAUCACAUUACUGGACAUCUUGGAGAUGAGAAGGAACAAAACUCAGCAGCUCAAAUAGUUCAAGUAGUAGUUGCUGGAAACUCUGUUGAAAUACAGAAUGGGCUUCUUAAUGGCCAGAAUUUGGCUUCUAAGGACCAAUCUAAGCUAUCUGAGCCAAUUAAGGAGCUAGAUAUCUUUUUGACUCAGAUCGCUGCAGGUAUACCUGUAGAUAUCAUGCCAGGAUACAAUGACCCUGCAAACUUUGCCCUGCCACAGCAGCCUUUGAACAGAUGUCUUUUUCCUGGAUCAUCAGCCUAUAACACAUUUAGGUCCUGCACUAAUCCUCAUCAAUUUGAUGUGGACAAUGUGAGAUUUCUUGGAACAUCUGGUCAAAACAUUGAUGAUCUCGAGAGGUAUUCAGAAGCUGAAGAUAAAUUAAGCUUCAUGGAAAGGACAUUGAGGUGGAGGCACCUAGCUCCAACUGCACCUAAUACACUUGGAUGUUAUCCCUUCACUGAUAGAGACCCUUUCUUUCUUGAGAGCUGUCCACAUGUUUACUUUGUUGGUAAUCAGGAUAAAUAUGCGACUCGAAUACUAAAAGGGUCAGAGGGUCAGGUAGUGAGACUCAUUUCCAUUCCAAAGUUUAGCGAGACUGGUGUUGCGGUUAUGGUGAACCUGAAAAACCUCGAGUGCCACACUCUCAGUUUUGGGACUCAAAUCAGCUUAUAAACUACAUAUCAGGGUUGCACUUAUAUACAGCUAUGAACUAACCCAAGUUACUAAUGCAUUGCCCAUCAAUUUACAUCUUCUGUAACUGCAUUUUCCUUGUAACCACUUGUAUUAGCAUUAGAUAUUUAUAUCAAAUAUGAUGUCACUUCUUGAAAUCAGUCAAUUUUAUGUUA